AUGGGCGGUCCCAGAGUGGCUGGGGACAGGGAGGGUGGGAAGGGAACCCAGCGCCCUGCGCACCCCGCUCUCGCCGGUAGGGGGCGCGCGGGCGAGCUACCACCGGCCGCGCACCUGCAGCCUGGGCGCUCGGCGGGAAUGGCGGGUUCCGGGCUACUGCCGCUGGCGCUGGCCGUGCUGGUGCUAGUGAGACCCAGAGACUCUUCUGUCGUCCUUGUAGUCACAGAUGCAGACAGCCUGUGGAUCCCCACAGCACACAGGAACCCGGGCGUGGUGAUCGCUGUCUGUCUGCUUGUGUCUGUCUUGCUGGUGGGCUCUGUGCUCACUGCUGUGAGACACUGUAACCGAGAAGCAGCAGCUUUUCAGAAUCUGGACACAGUAUCCAUGGGCAGUGUGAGCCAGAGGCUGCCAUUUGCUGACCACCUACAGUCCUGACUCUCAGAGGCCUGGAGAUGGGGUGGGGCUAACACCUGGGAAAAGCAGUGGGGGAAAGUCCCCACUGCACUGACCUGGGGAAGAGCCUGCGGCAGGAGAAUGGCUUGAGCCAAGGAGUUUCAGGACAGUUUGGCCAACACAUCUAGUCCUCAACUCAAAGAUCAAGUCAAUCCAGGGGUGAUGGGGUAUACCCAUCACUCCAGGACUUGGGAGGUAGAAACAGCAGGGUCAGGUGUUCAAGUCUACCCUAGGCUACAUAGGGGGUUUGAGGCCAGCCUGGGCUACAUGAGUCUCUGUCUUAAUAAAAGAAAAAAAUUGGGGAGCUGGAGAGAUGGCUCAGUGGUUAGGAGCACUGACUCUUGUGCAGAGGAGCGGGGUUCCCAGCACCCACAUGGCAGCUCACAACCACCUGUGACUCUAGUUCCGGGGGAUCUGACAUCCUUUCAGCUUCUGCGGUCACCAGACUCGCCGGUGAUAGAUACACAGGCAUACAUGCAGGCAGAACACAUUUUUUUGUUUGUUUGUUUUUGUUUUUCGAGACAGGGUUUCUCUGUGGUUUUGGAGCCUGCCCUGGAACUAGCUCUUGUAGACCAGGCUGAUCUCGAACUCACAGAGAUCCGCUUGCCUCUGCCUCCCGAGUGCUGGGAUUAAAGGCAUGCGCCACCACCGUCCGGCAGAACACAUUUAAAAAAUAAAUAUAAACUAAAUAAA